UUCACUAUUUUCUUUUCUCAUUCACUCUUCGAUCUAUUUUCACUUUACUUUGAUUCCAGCGUUUUUCUCCCCGCAUUCUCAUAUCUAAACCUAAAUCGCAUUUUCACUCUUUUUCUUUGAGUUUUCAAAACCCUAAAUCAGAGAAUUUAGGUUUUUUUUUUUUUUGGUUACCUUUGUUUUUGGAUCUGUGCAACUAUGGCUUCGUAUCAGGGUUCAGUUAGUGCUGCCCAGGUUGGUUCUUACUUUGUGGGACAGUACUAUCAGGUUCUUCGUCAACAACCUGAUCAUGUUCAUCAGUUUUACUCUGAUUUGAGUUCCAUGAUUCGUGUUGACGGUGAUUAUACCGAGACUGCAUCUGAUGUCUUGCAUAUUCACAAUAUUGUGACAUCGUUGAAUUUUUCGACAAUUGAGAUCAGGACGAUCAAUUCUCUGGACUCUUGGGAUGGAGGAGUGAUUGUAAUGGUUACAGGUGUUGUUAAGAACAAAGAUAUCAAUAGGAAGCAGAAGUUUGUUCAAACCUUUUUCCUUGCUCCUCAGGAGAAGGGUUAUUUUGUACUCAAUGAUAUUUUUCAGUUUGUUGAUGAAGAUGUAGUGCAUCCGAAUCUGGUACCGGUGGCAUCUGACAGAAUUGACUCACAGCCACAUGUUUCUGCUUCUUUUGCUGAACCACCAGCUUCAGACUAUGGUUUUGAGGAAGAAGCUAGAGACUAUGUCAACUCAGUUCAUAUAGAUGAUGAUCCAGUGGACAAGUAUAGUCUUCCUGAGCAGCAGCAGCAGCAACUACAAGAAGAUUUCGAGACCGAAGUUGUGGUGGAUGAAACUCCUGUACAGGAGGCAUCUCCACCAGUGCAUAAUGUUGCACAUACUAUCCGUGAAACCCCUGCUGCUCCUGUGGAAGAGUCUUUUGAGGAACCUGCUAAGAAAACUUAUGCAUCUAUUUUACGCGCCAAAGGCCAAUCCGCGUUGUCUGCUGCUCCACAACAUGCUCCUCCUCCUUCAGAGUACAAUCAUGUCACACAGCCUGCUGUUCAGCAGUCAGUGGCGCAGCCUGCUUUCCAGCAGUCAAGCUCAGCAUCUGCAUAUGUUUCAGAGUCUGGGCCUGAGGCAGCCGAGGAAGGCUACCGAUUUGAAGAAGAAGAAGUAACAUCUGUCUAUGUGAGAAACUUGCCUGCUGAUAUUACCGAAGCUGAGAUUGACCAGGAAUUUAAGAAUUUCGGCAGAAUUAAGCCGGAUGGAAUAUUCAUAAGGGUUCGACAGGAAAUUGGAGUUUGCUAUGCAUUUGUGGAAUUCGAAGAUGUUGUUGGCACACAAAAUGCGCUUCAGGCUUCUCCCAUUCAACUUGCUGGGCGACCAAUAUACAUAGAGGAGCGAAGACCAAGCACUAGCAGUGCAACUCGAGGAGGAAGAGGAAGGGGAAGAGGCAGAGGCAGUUAUCCAACAGAUGCUCCUAGAGGGCGUUUUGGUGGUCGUAGCUCGGGAAGGGGAUAUUACCAGGAUACUUCAGACUACUCCAGACCAAGAGGUGAUGGUUAUCUUCAGCGUGGUUCACGAUAGGCAAAUGUCGUGAAAACAUGCUUGAAUAUGUUAUUCAAGGGGCUAUUUGCUAUCUAGUGCACAACAUUUUCCUUCUGUGGUUUCAUGAAAAGGAUUUUUACAUUUUGGGUGUUUUUUUUUGGAGUUAAAAGCCAUUGAGACUUACUAGUUUGUUUUGCAAGUAUAGUUCAGUUAGUUCCCUUUGAAUGAUUUUUAUGUUGCCAUUCAGGUGGGGAAUUUUGUUAUUUAUAUUGGCCUCAUUUCGGAUUGUGGAUGCUUUUUUUAAUGAGAAAAUGUGUUUGAAAGGGAAAAAAAGGAUUGUGCAGGUUGUGAU